GAUUCUAACUUCAAUCGCAAUUAAAUCUAGACACGAUCUAACCUCGAAUCGCGAAUCGUGCAGUGUCUGGCUUCACCAUAAUAAUUCGUGUGGUUACUAUUUCAGUGAGUGUGAAAGAAUAUCAAAUUGUUGAAUUUAUAAACGAAAGGAAAGAUGACAAAAUUUCUAUCGAUUGUGUCCCGUCCAACUGGGUAACGUACGAUCGCAAUUUACGUUCCUGCGUAUGUAAAUUUAUGCCUCCUCCAUACAAUGGAAAGAUGCGGUUGAAAUUAGAUAGUCUUGUUACGGCUAAACGUGACGCACCAAAAUCGUGGCUGUCCUAUCCGAUAUAUAUAAGAGGUGAAGCAGAAACAUUAAAAGAAGCACGACAAAAAAUGCAAAAAAUUAUUCGUCAAACACAAUCAUAUGCAUACUCUACUGAUAAUGAUGAACAUGCUAAAGAACGGUCGACACGUUCGAUAAAAUUUUUUGAAGGAAAAGCGAAAAUGAAUCGUGAAGAAGCUAUUGAGAAAAUUAUGUACGGCAGCGAUAAUGAAAGGUCACGUAAUUCGUCACAUGAAUACAGUUCUUCUGUGACCUGUUAGUAUCAAUUUCAUUUGUAUCAUUUAUUAUUGUUUUAAACGUUAUUUUCAAAUCAGUUUAUUUUUAUUUUUUAAAGCAAGUGAUCAAAGUGAAAUUGAAAGUGCGUCUUUAGAAAGAAAUAAAAAGACUUCAGCAACAAUUGAAAAGAAAAAAAUGGAAAAAAACGCAAAAGUAAAUAUCUCGUCAAAUACAAGACCGAAUAUCCCGGAAAAUAAUCUAAAAGAUGCUAUUGAAUCAUCGAAUGAUCUUUUGCAAGCAUCUGACUCAAAUAAUGAAACUAUAAUUGAAAAUCAAGAUGUGCAGCAUAUAGAAAGUGAUCAGAAUACUGAAUUUCCAAAAGGUAUACAAACUAUAUUGUCUAUAUUAUUAUGAAAAGUUACAUUGCUAGUAUUUCUUUUUCUUCACAUAGUAGAUAAUUAUAAACUUCUUUUAGGAAUUGUUUUACUUCAUAAAGCAAUAAAAUCUUUGACUCUAGAAGUAUCUAUGCAAAACCAGCAGAUAAGACAACUAAAAAAUGCUGUUGAACAAUUUCUUAAAGUAAAAAUAGAUCCAAUGACUGUGGAAAAAUUUGUCACUAAACAUAAUGUAGCACUUAAAUUAUCAGAUAUAGCAGCAUUUCAAGAUUUUGAGAAUAAUUUGUGUGCAGGUGGAGAAUUUCUUUCUGAUUUUGUAAGUUUUAUAUUUUUUAUUCACUUUAACAUAAAUUUCCGUAUA